GGCCCUGCUCUGCCAUCUUUAUUUCUCUCCUUCUCUCUUUCUCCUCCCUCUCGCCCUCUUUCUCCUCCUCUCUGUUUCUCUCUCUCUCCUCUCUGUCAUUCUUCUUUUCUGAGUGGUGUGACACGGGUGUGUGCUGUGCCGUGUGUGUCCCAUGGCAUGUCCUUCGUCCUACACAGUGGUGAUCCUACCCCUGAAGAGCAGCUUCCACGCUCUGCAUCUCUUCCUCUGGGUGAAGCACAUGAGAGAGCUGGAGAGAGAGAAGGACUGUCUGUGGGCGGGUCUUGAGGUUCUGGAGCAGGCCCAGUGCUGGUACCACACUCUCCUGCAGACCAGGCCAAGGAACCAUGCUCUGGUGGAGACCAGGCCAAGGAACCACGCUCUGGUGGAGACCAGGACAAGGACAUCCGGUCUGGCUGACCAGGAUAUUAAGGGUUUGACUUCCUGUCUACAGAGGUCCUGCAUGCAGCGGGUGAACGGCUCCCUGGGAAGCCUGAUGAGUGAGCCCAAUGUCUCCACCGCCCCGCCCGCCCCGCCACUCACCUCCACAGACGGCGCCCUCCGCUGGAGCCUCACAGUACUGGGACAGGAGGUGAGUGAGAAGAACCAGCAUAUCUCCAGUCUGGAGCUGGAGAGGGACACACUGCUGCAACAGCUCCGGAGCCACAAGGCUGCUGACUAACACACACACACACACACUGAUACACACACACACACUGAUACACACACACGCACUAAUACACACACACUAUCAUACACACUCAGUCACACACACUCAACAUCGUCACACACAUGCACUCACACACAUUAAAACACAACUUAAUUCCCCUUUUUUCAAGGUUAAGUGAUGUCACACAAUUGAGCAAUGUUACACAAUAACAAACAUUGUUAUUUUAAUCACUGCUAUGUACUUUAUGUGAAGUCAAAAAAUGUAACCCUUGUAAAUAUGUUGAGAUGACUAUGAGAUCCUGUGUGUGAAACCAAGAUGGCCACUCUCUGAGGCCCCUCCUCUUCUGGGUUCUUCCAGACCAUCCUACAGGAAGUACUGUCACGACGCAGGAGGAAAUAAAACUGGUAAAAAAGA